AUGCAAGAAUUAACGUUUCUCCAGUUCAACGUCAGUGCUCCAGCUAGUAGCCCCAACACUAAUGGCAUCCACAUCUCAAGAUCAAGCUCCGUGAAUGUGACAGACUCUAACUUUGCUACUGGUGAUGAUUGUAUCUCCAUUGGCGAUGAAACAGAACAACUUUACAUCACUAAAGUCACUUGUGGACCUGGUCAUGGUAUUAGUGUUGGUAGCCUUGGUGGCAACCUUGAUGAAAAGCCAGUUAUUGGUGUGUUUGUUAAGAAUUGCUUUUUCAUUAGCACUGAUAAUGGUGUUAGGAUUAAAAUAUGGCCUGCUUCUCAUCCUGGUGUUGUCUCUGACAUACAUUUUGAAGAUAUCAUUGUGCAAAAUGUUAGCAACCCUGUUAUCAUUGAUCAAAGUCAGGCCCAUCCUGAUUUGUUGUUCACUGAUAUUGGGCCCCCAUUUAGAAGUGUUCACUCUCCAGUUGAGUUGCCUUCACAAGUGAAGAUUAGCAAGGUGACAUUCCUAAACAUAAAGGGUACAUCAAGAACUCAAAGUGUAGUAUCACUACUUUGUAGCAAAGGCUCACCAUGUGAAGGUGUUGAAGUUGGAGACAUUGACAUUUCAUAUAGUGGUAAAGAAGGACCAGCAAAAUCAAGUUGUGAAAAUAUUAAGCCAAAUUUUAAGGGAAAACAGAGUCCAGCUGUUUGCUCUGCCUUUGCUUUUUCCCCUGCUUCUGCUCCCGCUGCUCCUACUCCUUCUUUGUCUUCUUAA